GUGGAGCUCCGCGUGGUUGGGGCCGCAGCCACAGGCGCGGGGAGUGUCAGGAUCGUGGGUUCGAGUCCCCGUUCCGGCCGACGGUGCUGCUCCUUCUCGCCGCUCCCCUUUGCAGGCAGCGGAGCCUGGCCACGGCGGCCUCGGGCGGAUGGCGGGUUCGGAGCUUGGGCUGCUCUUCCAGCAGCGCUUCCUGGCGGCGCGGCGGCUCCGCGGCAUGCCCUGGGCGGAACUGGAGCAGCAGCUGACGGCCGCCCCGCAGCGCUCCCAGUCCUCCCUGCUCUCAGACAUCCUGCACCAGACCGUUCUCCACCCGCUCUGUGUGCGGUUUCCCCCGCCCGCCUCCUACAGACGCCGUUUCCUCACCGAGCUCAUUAAGAAGCACGAAUCCACGGCGGCCGACCCCCUGGAUGAGCUGUAUGAUGCGUUGGCACCUAUCUUAAAUGAGGAAGAAUCCACUCGCUGCUACAAAAGCUACUUACUGCCCUCUUUUCCAGGCUGCAGUACUGCUGUGAGCUGCAGCACGGUUCCUGUGCUGACAUCUCUCUCCCCCACGUGUGACCUCCAGCCCUCAGGAGAAGCCGUGACCCUUUCUGAGAGUGUGGCCAUUAUCUCGCAGGGAACCACAGGGCUCAUCACAUGGGAUGCUGCUCUGCAUCUCGCUGAGUGGGCAAUGGAGAACCCCAAGGUUUUCACUAACAGGACAGUCUUGGAAUUAGGAAGUGGGGUCGGCUUCACUGGACUUGUGAUCUGCAAAACCUGCAAUCCCAAGACGUACGUGUUCAGCGACUGCCACCACGCCGUCCUCAAACAGCUGACAGAAAACAUCCGUUUGAAUGGCUUCACCCUGGAGCCUGAAACUACGAAUCCAGCCCAAGGGCAGGAGGCAGAAGGGCAGGAAUGUCAGCAGCCCAAACUCCUUGUUGCAGAGCUCGACUGGCGUUCAGUAACAGAACAGCAACUGCUGGCUCUGCACGCAGAUGUCGUCAUUGCAGCAGAUGUGGUGUAUGAUCCAGAGGUAACCUUAGCCCUUAUUGGCGUGCUACGGAAGUUCUCCACUUCAAGAGCAGAUAGAAAACCUGAGAUCUAUGUUGCUCUGACGGUCCGUAACGCAGACACUUACCACGUGUUCCAGGCUGAACUCGAUAAAGCUGGGAUCAGAUGGCAGAUUAUCCCAGCCCACAGCAGUAAUAUUUUUCUCCAUGACACCCAGCCCAACGUGACUGUCCUGCAGCUAUUGGUAUAGAUUUGGUAAAUACAGCACGGGAUUUCAGAGCAGCAGGAGCUAUCUUAUCCUUGCUCCAAGACUGUCUUACAUUCUGGAAGCCUGUGAGAGGCAUGCACCAAGGACACCCUUCUGCACGUACCUCAGAAGCACCAGCUGCUGUCAACAUGAGCGAUGUUUCUUCCUGCAGUUGCCAGCAUGCAUGCGAGCAGCUGCGCCUUAGAAGCAUCUGUGCAGCACAAGCUGUACAGAAAAGCACCCUGAUUGUGAUGCACUUUGAUUCUGUAGAGCUGAAUUCAAUUAUUCAAAUGCAGUUUUGAUUUGUAAACGACACAGACUCGCCCCGUGCUCCUGCAGGUUGCGUCUCAUACUGGCCAAGGAGCAGAGCAGUGUUUUGUAAUAAACGUUUUUAAUACUAAAA